AGAAACACAGGAAGUAAAAGACUACAUUUAUGGUCACAAUUAUGGGCCAUCUACGUUUAUGGUCACAAUACUAAUUAAUUAGCAAUGCAUGUUUGUUGGACACAAUUAUGGGCCAUCUGCCAUGCAAACUGAUUGCACUGUCAAACUUUAACACACUCCUUUUAACAAAUGCUAUAUGUAAGUAGGGCUCUUCUAUGUGGACCUCGUGGCUUAUACAUUUUGAACUAGGCCUCGUUCGUUGUAUUAUGUAACAUUCUUUAUGUGGCGUAGUGAGCCUUCCUCUUAUUGGGCCUCCAGUGAGCCUUCCUCUUAUUUUAUUUUCUUAGCUUCUAGUUUUGUUGGUGUUAUGUGGACUUUGUGUUAUACCACACGGACUUCGAUAUUGGCAAAAUUUUUCUUUCAGGAUAAAUACUGAUGUCACUUGACUAUGUUGACUUACUCGUGAAAGAUUUAUUUUACUUAGAAAAUUCCAAACAUGUGGCUUCACUUACAAGCAUUCCCAAUUCAUGGUUUAUUCUUGUUAAUUUAAAAUAAAAAUUCCCAAUUCUGUUUCAUUUAGAUUAAUGAAUGUGAAAAGGUGUUGUUCGUUGAAGAGUAGGUAGAAAGCGUAGAGCUAACUCUAACACCUUAGUUUCAUAUGAUUGCAUAUUGUAUAAAGAAAAUGCAAUAAUGCGACCGUAUGAUUUGGCUCAUUGGCGAGUUGAGCACGUUCUUGAAUGUUUUUUUUUAUCUUGAAGAUGAAGAAACCUCUGAAAACUAGAAUAACAAAAUACUCAUGAAAACUAGUAUUUAUUAUAAUUUGAAAGACAAUUUAUUUUUAAAAAACGAAUGAAAUGGUGCCGUAACACUAAGUCGCACGUUCUUGACGAGAAUUGUUCCCAAUCAAAUGAUUAAUAUCUCAAUCUUGCGUCCCCGAUACUUUGGUCGCUUAUGCUUUAUCUUUAGUUUUUAAUCAUAAUAUUAAUUUUGAACAAAAAAAUCAUAAUAUCAAUUUAUUUCCUGUCAUCUUGCUCUUGUAAUUUUCAUUUAGACUAUAAAUAGUCAUUAGAACCACGUGUCUGUGGUCAAAUGGUCAAGACGUUCCAUGAAUUUUCAAAGAAUUCGAAGUCGAGUUCGUACCACACCAGAGUUUUAUGCAUGUGACCGCGGAGAUUUUUACAUUUUUUUCCGAAAAAUGGUUUACCAUUUUCUAUACAUGGUCAUUAGAGGAUUAAAGAAUCAAUUUUUAAACAAAUAAACUAGUGUGUCAGGUUGUUAUUUUGGUGGUAGUUGGCUAUCUUUAAUUUCAUAGUGUAAAUUACAACGGAUGAUUUUCUCAUUCAAAUUCGAAAAAAAUUAAAAACAAUAUUUAGGAAAUUAAAGUGGGGUGAGUGUAAAUGAUAAGGUGUUGUUGGGUGUACCAUUUAGCAGCUGGCAUAAAAUAAAACAGAGAAAAAUAUUCAAAAGAAACAAAAAAAAAAAGACAAAACAUUUUCUCAUUCUUCUUUCAUCAAUCUCUCAUUUGAGUUUCAAGGUUUUGCUACAGUUAGGGGAAAGGUUGUAUCUUGAUUCUUGGUAAUGGGCCUAAUGGCUGAGAUUUGAGGAGGAAGAAGAAGAAGACUUUCAUUUGUUUUUAUUUUUAUUUUGGGAAUUUGCGGCGGAGAUGAGCGCUUCGAGGUUCAUAAAGUGUGUCACAGUCGGCGAUGGUGCUGUCGGAAAAACAUGUAUGCUGAUUUCUUACACCAGCAACACUUUCCCUACGGACUAUGUUCCAACUGUUUUCGACAACUUCAGUGCUAAUGUGGUUGUAGAUGGGAACACUGUGAAUCUUGGACUGUGGGAUACAGCCGGGCAAGAAGACUAUAACAGGUUAAGACCAUUGAGUUACCGUGGUGCAGAUGUCUUCAUUCUUGCUUUCUCUCUUAUUAGCAAAGCUAGCUACGAGAACAUAGCCAAGAAGUGGAUUCCUGAGCUCAGGCAUUAUGCACCUGGAGUUCCCAUUAUCCUCGUUGGAACAAAACUCGAUCUUCGAGAUGACAAGCAGUUCUUCAUAGACCAUCCUGGUGCAGUGCCUAUAACUACAAACCAGGGAGAAGAACUAAAGAAACUGAUAGGAUCUCCGGUUUACAUUGAGUGUAGUUCAAAGACUCAGCAGAACGUUAAAGCAGUCUUUGACGCUGCUAUAAAAAUGGUGCUUCAGCCACCGAAUCAAAAGAAGAAGAAAUUGAAUAAGAGUCUUUGUGUUUUAUUGUGACCUCAUCUUUUAAAGAAAAUGAUCAAGAUUUAUUGGUAGAGACAAAGAAAAAGAAGAGAGUCUAGCAUCAAAUGCAGCCUUGGUGGUCAUUUGAAGUGAGGCCAAGUGGGAUUCUAAGUAAGAGAAAAGGGAUGAGUUCUUGGUGUGUUGUUGUUGUACUUCCUUCUAUGUAGACUAGUCUCUUAAUGCUUUUUUUUAAGGCUGCUGGAAACCUUUUUGUACUUUUAACAGACGAGUUUUAAUUAAUUUUAUCAUCGUAAUUCUUCUC